AUGAAGCGUCCCCAUUACGCUGAACGAGAACCUGCCAACCGCCCUCCCAUCACAAAGGCAGGCCGUCCUACUGAGCCCUCUUAUAGUCCGGGACCAGAAAAGCCUCAUCGGAGCAGCUCUAAAUCAUCAAGACACUCAACUCACUCCAGGCGUCGCUCCAUGGACAUGCCGGAAGCGGAAGAAACCAUCGAUGAUCUUGCUAAAAGAUCAUCUUCUCACGGUGUAAUGCAGCGUCUGAAAAAUAAGUUCUCGUCGUUGAGCCAACAACCAUCUGCGAAUAAUGGAGUUAAGAACCCUGAGAGUCCUGGGAGGGGAUCUUUCAACUCAAUUCAGAAGUCAGUCGAACUAAGCGUACCAAAUAGAGCACAAAGCCCAAGAUCUCCAGUUGGUGAACCAAGCCAGCUUGCCGCUCAACCAAAUGGCACUCCACAUGCAUUCGCUGUCAAUGGUCAAGAUCCCCAAGGCAACUUCCAUGUAUCACCAAGUGUUCAAAGUCCCUCAUCUGGACUACCAACUGAAGAUCCUGAUGCCAAUGGAGUUUGUACACCAAAUGACCUUCAACUCGACCAAUCCAAGGAACUCCCGCUUAUUCCGUCAGCUCACCAAACCCAUGCCAUGACUGUAUCUCGUGAUGAGAACCUCUCUUAUGGACAAAAGGAUUUAGCGAUGACUCUCAAUGAGCAACUGGAGGUUAUCAACGACCUCGUUGCCAAAAAUGAGUCUCUUUCGCAGCAAUUGGAAGUCGAGCGUCAACAGCGCCAAAAAGACCUUGCGUACUGGAGAAACCGCACCAGCGAGGCCGCAAGCAAAAAUGCCCACCUUACCCCCGGUAUGCCUCUCAGUCAGCCAGACACCGAACUCCGUAACGAGUGGCGGAACCUGGCCUUUGACGUGAGGAACUUUGUGGAUAACCACUUUAACAAAGUGAGCGCUAGCAAGCUUGAGGCUUGGGGGAAAGAAAACGGGGAUUUCCUUCGAAAGAUCACCCCGACCUAUCAACAAGUAUUAGGGGGCAGGCGGUCAGGUCCUGCCAUAGUAGAGGCGGCUCUUUGGCAAGGCCUCUACAGGGCGGUGUUUGGGGGCCUCAGGGACAAUAGCCCCAUGAUCUGGGCUGGUCCAUAUCAACGGAGUCUGAGAAUAUUAGUGAACGAGCUCCAGCAAGGCCAAAAGCAGAAGAACUCCGAGCAGUUUUCUCCCCUCUUCCAUCAGUGGGGCGCUCUUACGGCCAAUCUGAUAGAAGUGCUUCGGGCGUCCGAACAUCACUACCAACGGUUUCAUCCCGUAGUCCAAGAACUAGAAGAUCUAUUCUUUGCCUGUCGAUCUGUCGGUGUGAUGUACAAGUCCGAUACAUAUCGACGGGACUUGCGGGCCCUGGUCACGAAGGCUAUCAGAUUUGACUUCAGUCUGACUGGCCAAACAGCUGAGUAUCUCAUCGGCUGGCCGCCGUCUGCGGGGUCCCCAGUCAACCAGGAAUGUGAGAUUCAUCCUACAGCCUUGUUUUUUUCGAGUCAAUAA